AUCUCUCUCACACAUUCACAGCGCAGACCACACACGAUCUCACUACAAUAGUGCUAGCUACGACGAGAGUGUACUAGGACGAUGAGCCAGGAGCAGCCGAGGAGGCCGUCGGAGAAGGCGGCCGGCGGCGGCGGCGGCGAGCAGGGGAUCCGGUAUGGCGACGUGUUCCCGGUGACCGGAAGCCUCGCGGCCAAGCCCAUCGCCCCGCGGGACGCGGCGACGAUGCAGUCGGCGGAGAACCUCGUGCUGGGGAAGACGGUCAAGGGCGGCCCCGCCGCCGCCAUGGAGUCCGCGGCGAGUCGUAACGAGGAGAUGGGCGUCGUCGGGCAUGACCAGGCCACGGACGCCGCCGCCGAGCAGGGCGUCAACGUCUCCGACACCCUCGUCCCCGGCGGCGGCCGCAUCGUCACCGAGUUCGUCGCCGGCCAGGCGGUGGGUCACUACGUGGAGCAGGACGAUGGCGCCGCCGUGGUUGCAGGAGUCGUCGGCGCCGCCCCCGGCGCGGUACGGGUGGAGGAACCUGCGAAGAUAACAAUCGGCGAGGCGCUGGAGGCGGCGGCGCUGGCGGCAGGAGGGACGCCGGUGGAACGCAGCGACGCGGCGGCCAUUCAGGCGGCCGAAGCAAAAGCCACCGGCACGGACACCUACAUGCCCGGCGGCUUGGCGGCGCAGGCGCAGUCCGCCGCCGUGGCCAACCUCUGGACGGCGCGCGACGCCGACAAGACCAAGCUCGGCGACGUCCUCUCGAACGCGACGGCGAAGCUCGCGGCGGACAAGGAGGUGGAGAGCGGCGACGCGGCGAGGGUGGCCGGAGCGGAGAUGCGCAACAAGCCCGGCGCGGCGGCGAGGCCGGGCGGCGUGGCCGCGUCCAUGGCCGCGGCCGCGCGCCUCAACCGCGGCCCAACGACAUGAGUGGAUACGAUCCACGCAUCGAUCCAUGUGUAUCAAACAGCUCGUGUCGCGACGCGAGCGCGAUGUAAAAUUAACACGCUUCGGUGUACGUUUUAUAUGCUUCCAUCCCUUCUAGUUUCCGUUGUUGCAUUGCAUAUGGCCAUAUGGGUGGCUGAAGCUAUGUUAGAAUCUGUCAGAAGCCGUUUCUUUUCAGUUAGCCUGUAGCUGUUCUCUAGCUAGUUCUUUGGUUCGGUUGGACUGAAUUGGAUCGUGGGAGUACGGUCAGGAGUGGAUCCAGAUCAAUCAGGUGUUUUUUUUCUGUUAUGCAUGUAACAAAGUCUGUAAUCGAGGAGAAUAAAUAGAAAAACCAGAAAAGCUUACGCUGCACCAAAA